AUGUCAUGUGACUUCUUGUCACGUGACCGGUAAAGGUUCUUAAAAUCACUCGGAAAGCGUUCUACAGGAAUACUUCUCUUUUCAUCCUUCAUUAAGUCAUUUAUUUUACUACUGUUUAUUAUUGUUCGGUCCCGUGUGCUGUUUAGCCAGAUAAAGCGACAGAAAUGCGUGUCGAUCAACAGCUUCGCUUGGACGAGCAGUUGCUGCUUUUCAUGGACCAGCUCGAGGCUCUGGAGGAGAAACGACAUAAACUUAAUUCCCUUAUAGAAGAGGGAUGGUUUUCAAUUGCCAAAGCACGUUAUUCAAUGGGAAAUAAGCAAGUCUCCGCUCUGCAGUACGCUAGUGAGAUGGAGCCGCUCGUUUAUGUUGAAACCAGUGUGUUGGAAGGUAGAACAGCUGAGUUCAAAUGUGAGAGAAAAGAGAAUAAAACAGAAGAAUUGAAAAGUAACACGAUAGAAGACAUUGGAGCGAAAGAGACAAUUUCAGGUCUCAGAAGGCGAAUAAAUACCAUACAAAAGGGGGUUAGAGAGGAGGACCAGGAGACAGACCCUCAAGUAAAAACAAAGGCAGAAUCAUCCACACCAGAGCACAGGGAUCCUCUGAAGUGGUUUGGAAUCCUUGUACCACAAAAUCUGAAACAAGCUCAGUCUGCUUUUAAAGAGGUCAUCACUCUCGCAGCAGAAAUUGCAUCUCUACAAAGUGCAAUAAUUGCUACAAGAAAAGAGAUGCAGGCACAAACGAAGGAACAGCAACAGAAGACAGAGAAGACUCAACCAGAAAUGAAAAACGAAUAACUGUGAUCUUAUUCACUUUCAUCUAUAAUCUUGAUUUAUUAAAAUUUUGUACAAACCAAAUGGACCCAUAGUCCUUAACUCAAUUUUACUGUUUUGAAUAAUAUCAAAUGUUUGACAUGUCACAAGAUUACUGAAAACACUCUAAUUAUAUGAACAAAAGUUGUUUUCCUAAUAAAAAAUAUCUUUGAUUAA